GUCAUGUUGAGCAGCGGCUGCGGUUCUCCUCCAGGCCGCGGGGGGCAGCGCUGAGUCCGGCGGCGCUCGCGGCUCUUCCUCGGUCUCUGCGGCUCCGAGUGUUCGUGGAAAUGGCGAAGUUUGGCGAUUUAAAAGCCUUUCUUGAAUCUUCAUUAAAUGAAAUCUUCCGUGCGACGGUCAGUGAUAUUCUGGACUCAGUGGAACAAACCGUCGGCGAAUAUCAGCGUAAAAUUCAGCGGAUAGAGUCAGAAAAUGAAGAUCUGAGAAAACGACUUUCUACAAAAGAAAAAAAGACAAAUUAUAUAAAAACAGAAGAUGAAGACCAUGUUGUGGCUCAGCUUGACUUUUCAAGAAACCCUUUUAGCCAGACUUUAUCUGCUCAGACGAGCGAAUACAGCGAUCAGACCGAGACGGCUGGAGAUUCACUGAGCAGCCGCGUUAAAUCACAAGCCACAGACGCCACGUCGCUCCACUUAAACAAGAACUGUGCAACAAGACCAUAUUUAUUUGUGAAGGCCGACCCAGACACGGAGGACGGAUGUGCUGUGGACCUGUCGAACCCUCACGCUUCUCCUAAACACAGCAGUAAAGAAAUCAAGUCCGAGGACAGCGAGGAGAACGCUGACUCUGAACGUCACGCCGCGUUUAAAUGUCCUUCAGAGCCGGAGAUCAGCUCUAACGAGUGUGACGUUAAAGUAACGGUAGUGACGGACCAACACCUUACCGUGUCCGAUGAAGAGUCCAGUCCAGAUGGUCUGUCCGACGAGGGGUUCUCCGGCUCGUUUCACACGAUGCUGUCUCCAGACUCGAGACCGAGCGACUCGUGCGGUCAGUGCGAGGUCAGGUCUCACGCCGCGGAGAAGACGCACGUCUGCGGUCAGUGCGGGAAGGGCUUCGACCGCGCCGAUCUGCUGAGGAACCACCGGCGCACGCACACCGGAGAGCGGCCCUUCGCCUGCGGUCAGUGCGGGAAGAGCUACGGUCACCAGGGCCAGCUGCGCAUACACCUGCGCACGCACACGGGCGAGCGGCCCUACGGCUGCAGCGUCUGCGGCAAGCGCUUCAACGAACACAACCAGCUCAAAGUGCACCUGCGCACACACACCGGAGAGCGACCGUACGCCUGCGCCGUCUGCGCUAAAACCUUCACCAACGCCGGCAACCUGCGCAGCCACAGCCGAGUGCACAGCGGCGAGAAGCCCUACGCCUGCGGUCAGUGCGGGAAGAGCUUCAGCGGCGCCGGCGACCUCAAGACGCACCUCCGCAUCCACACCGGCGAGAAGCCCUACCGCUGCCAGCUCUGCACCAAGAGCUUCAGUCAGGCCGGGCACCUGAGCAUCCACCGCCGCAUGCACACCGGGGAGCGGCCCUACGGCUGCGCAGACUGCGGCAAGCGCUUCACGGUGGCCAGCAGCCUGAAGCUGCACCAGCUGACCCACAGCGGAGAGAAGCGGCACACCUGCGGUCAGUGCAGCAAGAGCUUCAGCCGUGCCGGACACCUGAAGAGACACGAGCUGGUGCACACUAGAGAGAAGCUGCACUGCUGCCCGCUCUGUGACCGCAGGUACAGUGACCAGUCGUCUCUAAAGAAGCACCAGAAGCUGCACGCCGAGAGCGAAGGCCACCAGUGAUGCUUCUGCAUUCGUUCCUCCGCAUCACUUCUUACAGCAAACAUGAGGAAUCCGCUGGAACGAUGAUGGAUCCUGUGACUUGCACUGACAUCAAAUGGCUAAAGCAUUGGUCUCAAACUCAAUCCCUGGACUCUCCAGCCCUAAUCAAACACACCUGGUCCAGAUGAGCUCCUGUACACGUCCGAGCUGGAGCUGUGGCCCUCCUCUGGCUUAAAGGAUCCUGAGAUCUGAAUGGUUGUCAUGUUCAUGUUGAAGGGAUACCGUGGUAUUAUCAUGGCACACGUACUGUACUGAUGUUUGAAAAUGUAGAUGAGUCUUCAUUCCUGUAGACAGCGUGUCUCUUGUCUGUGACUGUAUGAAUACGUUAAUUAGAAAUUAAUGCUGUCGUCUUGUAUGAUCUGGUUUGUUAAAUGUCAGUUAUGAUGUGAGCACAUCUUAGAUGAAAAGCAAUUUAACUUAAGAAUCUUGUAUAAAGUCUUCUCUAUUGUAUUGUGAAUUUAAUGUUAAUCAUUUCAGCUCCUCUUGAAUGUUAACUCAAAGCUUUACUGACAGAAUAAAGUGUGUUUGAAUCUUGUGUAUUUAUUAAUCUUGACUGAUUUUAUUCUGAACGUCAGAAUAACUGUCUCCAGAUGAACUCUUACUGGACUGAAGCAGCUCAGCUUUACUUGAUCCUCCAUCAAUCACUUUCUAGAAACAUCAGUGCGUCUCGAACCUGAUCCUCAGGAUCUUCUGAGGAGCUUUACUCUCACUGUUCCUCAGCGGAGGAAUGAUCUUCAUCUUACAUCUUCUGAGGAUCUCAUUUUUGCACAGUUUGAGUCUCGUAACUGUUUUUCCUCCAUAUUCUUACUUUAUCAGAGUAUGAGCCAUAAAAACCUGAUUUAUCUGAUGCUCAAAAAAAAAAAAAUGAAAAUAUAUAUGAAAAUAUAAUGAAAA